AUGACUACAUAUGAACAUGAAAAAGUCAAAGGUAACUCCUUUUUCCAAGAAGGUAAUUAUAUCAAGGCUAUUGAAUGUUAUAAUGAUUGCAUUCUUAUAGAUCCGGACGAACCAGUUGCUUAUAGUAAUAAGGCAAUGUCCUUAAUAAAACUAGGGGAAAACGAGAAAGCUAUAAGAGUUUGUAAUGUAGCAUUAACCAAAAUUGAUCCUGACAAGCAACUACAUGAGGCAAUUGGUCGCAAAAUCAAGUAUAGGAUCAAUGUGGCAAAAGAUGCAAUUGAUAAAGCAAAGCAAACACUACAAGUACAAACUAAUGGAUCAUUCAAUAAUAUUACUAUUCAAGAGGUGGACCAACUUCCCGGAGAAUUCGUUGGAUUAUGA